AACCCAGUGAAUUGAAUUCUCGUCUACAAUGUUGGAGAAUGUCCUUUGUUGAAUAUGCACAUAGACCAUGGUGAUCUACAGAUGCCUUUUAGAUCUGGAGCCUCUGGUUUCAAUUCCUCUUCAAAAAGAAUUUAUGUUAAUUUUCUUGUGGUAUUUUCAAGGUCUAAAAUGGCCAGGGCAGCUGCAUGUUACACAGACAAUGAUGUUGAGAGCAGCAUAGAAUAUUGUGAUACACAUAGUGUUAAAUUACACAAUGUUGUAGCAAACAAGAAGGAUGGAACUUUAAAUGAAGAUAUAAACAAUCCUUGUUCUGUUCUAGUUGAAAAUGAAGUGUGUCAUAAUACUCAAUCACUUGAAUCAUGGCAAGAAAUUACAGAUAGUGGACAUUUUGGACCUGUAUAUACUUUUACACACAAAAAAUCUAAUGUAAAUGAAUCUAAAAAUCAACUAGUUCCAACUGAAAAUGGAUCGUCAGCACCAAUUCAAAUUCCAAACUGGAACCAGAAACAAGUUUCAAUUUUCAAUGAUUCAACUGAAAGCAGACAAUUUGCUGAAGAUGUAGGAUCAAUUUCAACUUCCAAAGAAGGCAAAUUGUGUCUAACAAAUUCAAAUGUUAGCCCAGAAAAGAUAAAUCGUGCAUUGAAUGUUGCAAAUACAGUUCAGCAGCAGUUAUCAUGCAUAUCACAGGAAGGUACAUCAGUAACAAACCAGAUUACUGUAUUGCAGUCUGAUAAUAUCAACUUUUCUACAGCUGCUCCUGUGGAAAGAACAGACAGCCAUACUAGUGAGACUUUGGAUAAUUUAGAUUUAAGAACAAAGGUUGUCAUACAGAAUCACAUAAACACAGGCAUAAGAAUGGAUAAAACAGUUGCUUUUCUAGAGGCCACAAGAAAAUUGGAAAGAGAACAAUUCCUUGUCAUUACUGGAAAUUUUGGGUGUGGAAAAAAAUCUAUGGUUAAGGAAUUAUUGUACAAUUACACUCAUGAAGAGAUAGCAGAUAACCAUUUGAAUCCUGUGAUAAUUUCAUCACCCGAGCAAUGGAAUUCAUGUAUACAUAUACAUCCAAACGAUAAAUCUAUCAUUUGGUUAGAAGGUAUGUUUGGAUCCAGUGGUACAUUCAACAAACAUACAUUUUCAAAAAACUGGGAAUGCCCUUUGUCAAAUAUGUUAGAAUACAUAAAACGUUCUCGUUUAAUAUUAAUUGUAACAACAAUGCCGAACAGCAUUUGGAAUGAACAUAAAAAUUCUCUCAGAGAUUUUCCAUUUUUUAAAGACUUUGAAAGAUUCAGAUUUGAUAUGGAAAAAGAAUUUACUUUUGAUGAAAAUGAGCGAUAUCUUAUGAUAAAUGAGUACUUUAAAUAUGCAUUGAAAGAAGAUUUAACUAAGGUACAAAUAUGCUUAGAUUAUAGGGAUGAAGACCUUGAAUCGGAAAACCCAAGAAUAUCUGCCAGAACUCUCAGGCAUGUUUCACGAAUAUAUACACCUGUAGGAUUCAUUGAGUGUUGUUACAAAUUUGUAUGUAAUGACCAUUAUUUUAGAAGGGGUGUUGAUUUUUUUCACCACCCACUAGAGCUUUUUAUCGACAAAGUGACAUAUUUGCAAAAGCAAAUGGAAGAUCAAGAAGGAAAAAAGUACCACUUUUAUUUGCUGUUAUUAAUUCUAAGUCAGGAUGGAAAGGUUUUUAUUGAACAUGUUGAAAACAUUUUAAGGAAUGAAGAAAACUUGAUAUUCAAAGAACUUGCCAAAAUUUGUUCAAUAAAAGAAUCUCAAAGUUCUGAAAUUUUUAAUCAUUUAGCAAAUUUCACCAUUAAAGGGUAUAAUGGUAUUUAUUUCAAAUACAAUGAAGAAGAGAAUUCGUGUGAAUUUGUCCAUAAAGCAUUUGGUGAUGCAGUCUGUUUGACACUUGGAUUAAACACUGUCUCACUUGAAGGUUUAUCACUUGCUUUGCAUAAAUGUAGUAGUAAAUUUCUUAUAGAAUAUGUGCGUGUUGGAAAAUCAAAUCGUAAUAGAGGAACUGCUACAGUACAUGGAAAUCAUAUUAACAAUCAAAAUAGAGAUUUAUGUUUACAUAUUUAUCCAAAACAUUUUCAAAUCUUAUUGGAAAGAUUUAUUAAGGAGAUAAAAGAUGGAAAUAUUGACAAUGUAGCAACACACGAAGCAUUAGAUGAUAAGGCCUUUGUUGACUUCAUUGAACAGCAUCUCAUCACUAAUAAAUUUGAUAGUUAUGUAGAAUUAUUACAGAAAGAAAAAUCCCAGUUUUAUGGAUUCUUAUGGUACUUAUUUCAUCAGGAAAAACCAAAAUUAAGACUUGCAAGCCAUAUAUUAAUGCAUCCACCUAUUAAAGAUUCAGCAAGAGAAAUAGAAUGGUGGUUUUGUACAAGAGAAAAAUGCAUGUGGGCUGCUUGUCAUCUUGGAAACAAUGAAUCACUGCAUCUACUUAAAGAUCAUGUGGAAAUUUCUAAUAAACACAUUAUUGUGGCAAUCAGGGCUCAUGGUGAGGAUUCUGAAUUUGUCGGAAAAUUAUACGGAUAUAAAAAUGACCAACAACUCAAGAGAGAAAAGGAAGAACUUGAUCAGUGUCAUAGAGAAGAAGAACUGCGAAUAAAAAAUAAGUCUAGCUGUAGUAUUCUUUAAUGACUGUCUGUCAUAAAUCAUUUCAUUUUGUCAAAAUGUGUUUACUUCCGGAGUUAUCUUCCUUUAUCAUGUUUAUGUAUGGGAACACAACAGUUUUUUUUUAAACAAGUCAGUCUUUUAUUUAAAAUGUUACCAGAAUUGAUUUUAUUUUGGCCUUUAAUACUAUUUGUUUAGACAACAAGAAAUUAUAAUAUGGAUAAGUGCUCAUUACAACAUAUAAAUUAAAUGACUUCCUAAAAACUGCAUGAAAACAAAAGCCAUAUAAGUGAAAAAUAAUGCCCUGUAUUGGUUCCCGGUAUAUUGAACCACCGACCUUCGGUAGGAAAUCUGACAAUCCUAGUAAAUUAAGAUUGGAGUCGAGUGUGGGAUUCGAACUCACAACCUCAGUGUUGACUGGCUAGUGAUGCAGUAGUUCGACUACUUAGACCACCCUGCCACUGAAGCCCCUUAAAUGUAUUGGUAUAAAGAUUUGACAUAAUUAUGUGCCAGCAAAAUAAAUCAAACAUCUGAAAACUGCUAAAUUUGUGUGUCAUAUGAUUGUAUUUUUGAAUAAUAAUGAAUUUAAAAGAUUUUGUAAUUUGAUUUAUUUUAUUUUAUAGCAAUUGACCUUUAGCUGAGAGUGUAGAUCUGGAUGGGGAUCCUUAAUUUCCGUAUUCUAUAAAGUUUUAAGUCAUUUUUCCUUAUCUUUUAAAUAGCGCUUAUUCUGUAAAAUUCUCAUGAAUUUUCAAAAUGAUUUUACUAUUAUUUUUUUCAACAAUUGUUUGAUUUUUUUUGUUCAUUUUUCUCUAUUCAUUAUAUCAUUUGGUUAUUCUCUUUUCUGUAAACCCCAUACAGACCUAUUGCCUGAGCCUAUCCAACAUGUAAGAUAUAGAAAUGUUUAGGAAUUACAUUUAUUAAAGAACAAUGAAUAUGAUGUUGACUGACUGUAUUAUAGAAAGUCACUUUACCAUGUUUGCAAAGUUUAGGGCCGAUCAAGUAGAAGAGCUUUUAAUAAUGUUUUAUAGACACUUGUAAUUGGGGUUAAGCCAAUCUGAUCUCAUGAUUCUUAUGAGAUAUAUAUAUUUUGAAGUGAUCCAUAUCUGUAGUAUCCCCUAUUUUGACAAAUUUAUUAAACUUUUAGUAGCAAAUAUUUUAUGUAUAAGGUGCAUAUUUAGGAAGAUAGAAAAUCAAACAAGAAAAUGAUUAGGUGGCUGUGGAGCAGAAGGAUAGGUAGAUAAUUUGGAUAACUAGCUAUAUAUAUAGAGAGAGGGAGGCCAGUAAAUGAUAAAAAAAAAGUGUUGGAAGGAAACUAAGAUGAAAUUAAGUUUGAAUAUUAAUUUUUGUAUAAUAUUUCUAAAAACUGUGAAGUACUGUGUAUUGAUGGAUUUUUGAUUGAUUGGUGUCCAGUGGCAAGUCUUUCUAGUGUUAAAAUACUUUGUAUUCAAGUACUGACAUGACUAAUUUUCAAGGCUUAAUGCUAAAACAAGUGAAAUGAUAUUAUACUUCCUGUACUCUUUUUAGUUUUAUAGUAGUCAAAGAACAAAUUAGUGGAAGAUGGAUGUCCAGCAAUCAUAAAACUGUCAAAAGCAAUAUCCAAAAAUAAAAAAAUAAAAUUUUAUUGUAUUUGACCUUUAAAGUAUUUGAUAUAGGUUCCUAAAAAGAUUUUUUUCGUUUGAAGUAGUUUAUAAUGGCUAAAAGUAGGUAAUGUUUUUAAAAGGGAAGAAUAGUAUUGGUAUAUAUGAACUUUGUAACAUGAGACUUAACGUAAAACAGAUGUAUCAAUUGUAUCAUGAAACAACUGUAUUUUUUAUAUGGCAGCUAGGAUUCAUAAAACAGAUAUAUGUUUUAACAUUAGGCUGACUGAUUAUUGUUUACUUGAUUUCAAAUGGCAAAAUUUUCAGGGAAUCAUCUUGGAUGAAAUACAUGAAAUUAAGUUUGAAUUUGCUCAUUGUUGAAGGCCGUACGGUGACCUAUAGUUGUUUAUUUCUGUGUCAUUUGGUCUCUUAAGUUGUCUCAUUGGCAAUCAUACUACAUCUUCUUAUUUUUUUAUAUAUAUAUAUAUAUAUACAUGUAUUUAUAACAAAAAUAUUUGUAUCAUGCAGAUUUGCUGUAAAUUUAAAUUGUAUUGAAUGUGUAAACAUUUUGAUCAACAGUUUAUGUAAAUUCAGAAAUUUGCAUUGUUUUUAUUAUUGCAAAAACUAGGCAUGAUAGCUGGUUUCUCAAAAAUUAAAAAAAACACAUUUUCAAAUUUUGAAAGUAUAAUUUGUAUGCCCCUCUGACUAUGCAGCAUUUCAUUAUAUUAUUGUCGAGCCUUCGACUUUAGUCGAAAAAGCGAGACAUAGCGAUCCUACAUUCCGUCGGCGUCGUUGUCGUCGUCGGUGGCGUCCACAAAUAUUCACUCUGUGGUUAAAGUUUUUGAAAUUUUAAUAACUUUCUUAAACUAUCCUGAAUUUCUACCAAACUUGGACAGAAGCUUGUUUAUGAUCAUAAGAUAGUAUCCAGAAGUAUAUUUUGUAAAAAUAAAAUUCCUGUUUUUCCGUAUUUUACUUGUAAAUGGACUUAGUUUUUCUGCCAGGAAACAUUACAUUCACUCUGUGGUUAAAGUUUUUAAAAUUUUAAUAACUUUCUUAAACUAUCAUGGAUUUGUACCAAACUUGGACAGAAGCUUGUUUAUGAUCAUAAGAUAGUAUCCAGAAGUAAAUUUGUUAAAAAAGAAAAAUCAUUUUUUCCGUAUUUUACUUAUAAAUGGACUUAGUUUUUCUGCCAGGAAAUAAUACAUUCACUUUGUGGUUAAAGUUUUUAAGAUUUUAAUAAUUUUCUUAAACUAUCCUGGAUUUGUACCAAACUUGGACAGAAGCUUGUUUAUGAUCAAAAGCUAGUAUCUAGAAGGAAAUUUUGUUAAAAUUUUGUACCUGUUUAUCCGUAUUUUACUUAUAAAUGGACUUAGUUUUUCUUCCAGUUAACAUUAAAUACAGUCUGCAGUUAAAGUUUUUAAAACAAUUAUUAGAUUCAUACAUUUAUUAGAUUCAUAAACUAUCCUGGAUUUAUACCAAAUUUUGACAGAAGCGUCUUACAAUCAAAAGAUAGUAUCUAAAGGAAUAUUUUUAUUGAUUUUUUUCCUCAUUUUUGUUGAGCCUGGGAUUAACAGCAAAAGUAGGCGAGACACUGGGUUCCGUGGAACCUAUACGAAUUUUUAUAAUAAUCUCACAUAUUUUUCAAUUGUUUAACCGUCACAAUAAUAAAUGAACGCAAAUAUUUAUGAUUUACAGUACUCAAUCUGGUGUUAGGGGUCAUCUUUAACUUGCAGUGAGAUACAUCAGUUAGCUUUUGCUCUAUGUUGAAAGAGUCACUUUGUUUCUAAGAUUUUUAUAUUUUAUAUAAUUUUUCAUGUACGACAAAUAUUCAAAAAAAUUAAGAAAGGUGGACACAAAUAAUAAACAGACAAUUUACCUGUUAUUAGGCCCAUUAGGGUACAAUUGAAAUUCAUGUAGAAUUGUGAUGAAGGGAAAUAACUUGAUGUAUCAGAAAAUAAGAAGUUAAAUUGCCAUAAUCGCACAAUCCCAAAAUGUUGAUUAAGGAUUUUUUUGUUUAAUUUUUCUAGGGGGACAGCUUUAAUACAUGAAUGUAUUCUCAAUAUUUAAUUUUUCUAGGGCACAGCUUUAAUAAAUGAAUGUAUUCUCAAUAUUUAAUUUUUAUAGGGGCACAGCUUUAAUACAUGAACAUGAUGAAUGUAUUCUCAAUAUUUAAUUUUUCUAGGGCACAGCUUUAAUAAAUGAAUGUAUUCUCAAUAUUUAAUUUUUAUAGGGGCACAGCUUUUAUACAUGAAUGUAUUCUCAAUAUUUAAUUUUAUCAAACCAUGCAUUAGGUGUUCGCCCUUGCAAUCAGUCAUGCAAUUAAAAUAAAAUCUCCCAUAGAAACCACUGAACUCAAGUUCAACCAAACUUGGGCUCAAUAAUCCCUAGGGAACGACCAUUUAACUUCAGGAGGGGAGGGGGGUUGGGUUAUGGGUUUUUCCUAAAAAAAUAUUCUGAUCUCCAAUUUGAUGAAAAAAAAUAUUGUGGUCAAGCAGAUGACAAAAAAAAAAAAUAUUCUGAAUCCAGAUUUUCCCCAUACCUUAUAGUGUUAAAUUUUUAAAAUAAUUUGAUUGAUAGCGUUUUUCGCUGAAACUGAAAUAAAAUAUUGUGCUUUGUGCAAAAUUUUUUUCCUGACUCAGACAAAAAACCAUAACCCCCCCCUUGAAGUUAAAUGGUAUCUUGUAAUAGUCACUUCUAACCAACCAUGACUUGUCAAAAGACUUAUUACCCUGAAUUGACAAUUUUUUACACAUAUGGGUAAAUCACAAAUAGUUGUCUAAUACCUUGGGAAAUCAUAAUACAUGUAGAUAGAUAUAAUUUGAUGGGGUAAAAUGGAUUGAAAUAACAUGAUUUACCUACUUGCCAUUACCAUGAUUACCAUACUUGAAAAUUGAUCAGAUUACUCCUUGAAAGACUAACUGCCCCUGAACGAUGCUUAUGAAUCAAUUUCAGCAUUUUGCCUUUUAUCUUGAAAAUUAUCAUGAAAAAAACUAUGUUCAGCAAUACAAGAUCUACAAAAAUGCUCGUCUGUUGAAUCCUGAUAGACUAUUAGCUCACCUGGCCCAAAGGGCCAACUGAGCUUUUCUCAUCACUUGGCGUCCGUCGUCGUCGUUGUUAACUUUUUACAUUUUGAACUUCUUCAAGAGAACCACUGAAUGGAAUAAAAACCAAACACGGCAUGAAUGUUCUUUAUAAGGUACUGACCAAGUGUUGUUACUUUGAAGCUGAUCCAUCAUCCAAGAUGGCCGCCGGGGGGGGACUUUGUUUAACGUAGGACCCUAUGGACAAUACAUACAAAUGACUUCUUUCAGAGAACCACUGAAUGGAAUGAAACCAAACAUGGCAUGAAUGUUCUUUAUGAGGUGCUGACCAAGUGUUGUUACUUUGAAGCCAAUCCAUCAUCCAAGAUGGCCACCAGCGGGGGACUUCGUUUAACAUAGGAGCCUAUGGACAAUACAUACAAAUGUCUUCUUUUAGAGAACCACUGAAUGGAAUGAGACCAAACAUGGCAUGAAUGUUCCUUAUGAGGUGUUGACCAAGUGUUGUUACUUUGUAGCCAAUCCAUCAACCAAGAUGGCUGCCAGUGGGGGACUUCGUUUAACAUAGGACACUAUGGACAAUACAUACAAAUGUCUUCUUAUAGAGAACCACUGAAUGGAAUGAAACCAAACAUGCCAUGAAUGUUCCUUAUGAGGUGCUGACCAAGUGUUGUUACUUUGUAGCAAAUCCAUCAACCAAGAUGGCCGCCAGCGGGGGGACUUCGUUUAACAUAGGAGCCUAUGGACAAUACAUACAAAUGUCUUCUUUUAGAGAACCACUGAAUGGAAUGAGACCAAACAUGGCAUGAAUGUUCCUUAUGAGGUGUUGACCAAGUGUUGUUACUUUGUAGCCAAUCCAUCAACCAAGAUGGCUGCCAGUGGGGGACUUCGUUUAACAUAGGACACUAUGGACAAUACAUACAAAUGUCGUCUUAUAGAGAACCACUGAAUGGAAUGAAACCAAACAUGCCAUGAAUGUUCCUUAUGAGGUGCUGACCAAGUGUUGUUACUUUGUAGCAAAUCCAUCAACCAAGAUGGCCGCCAGCGGGGGGACUUCGUUUAACAUAGGUCUCUAUGGACAAUACAUACAAAUGUCUUCUUUUAGAGAACCACUGAAUGGAAUGAAACCAAACAUUGCAAGAAUGUUCCUUAUGAGAUGCUGACCAAGUGUUGUUACUAUGUAGCCAAUCUAUCAACCAAGAUGGCUGCCAACGGGGAACUUGGUUUAACAAAGGACCCUAUGGGAAAUAUAUACAAAUGUCUUCUUCUAGAAAACCGCUUAAUGGAUUGAAACCAAACAUGGUACGAAUGUUUCUUUUGAGGUGCUGACCAAGUGUUGUUACUUUGUAUCUGAUUUGUCAUCCAAGAUGGCUGCCAGCAGGGGGAGUUAGUUUAACAUAGGACCCUAUGGGAAAUACAUACAAAAGUUUUCUUCUAGAGAACCACUGAAUAGAAUGAAACCAAACAUGGCAUGAAUGUUCCUAAUGAGGUGCUGACCAAGUGUUGUUACUUUGUAGCCGAAUCAUCAUCCAAGAUGGCCACCAGCAGGGGACUUAGUUUAACAUAACACCCUAUGGGAAAUACAUACAAAUGCUUCUGAAUGGAAUGAAACCAAACAUGGCAUAAUUGUUCCUUAUGAGGUACUGAUGAAGUGUUGCUACUUUGUUGCUGAUUUACUGUGCAAGAUGGCCACCAGGAUUUUUUAUUAAAUUACGGGGCCAAUAUUAAAACCAAAUUUGGCCUCAAUCAUUAUUAGGGUAUCUGUUAUGAUUUUAAUCUAUUUUUACAUGAUUUCCAAAACCAAAGUAGAAUCAGGUGAGCGACACAGGCUCUUGAGAGCCUCUAGUUAUCCUUAGAUAUGUUUUUUUUUACCAAAAUUAUUAUCAGGUACCAUACUUUGAAAACUAUAAUUGGUAGACGAACUUUAAACAGCAAAAAUGAUGAAAAAAAAAAUUCAAAUGGAAUUAAACCAAUCAAUCUGCUCCUUGUACUCUAAAGACACCUUUUACCAAUUUAAAUGUUGUUGCAUUUUAUUUUGAAAAAUUGAAACUUUUUGACAGGAUCUACAAGUGACAAGACUGAAACUGUCAAUUUACUAUUCAUAAUUGGAGUUAUUGCCCUUUAAUGAGGAUUAUUUCAACUUUUGACAUUUUUUCAUAUUCUUCUGAAAAAAAUAAUUUAAAAAAUGUAAGCAGCAAAAAUGAAAAACAAAUUGGUAUCUACUAAUAAUUUCAUAAAUAAUCUAAUGAAAAUUUAAUAUAUUUUAAUCAUCAAAAUGGCGUAUUUCUUUACUGGUGAUAAAAAAAAUAAAGUAAAUUUGCCAAUUCUGUAAUUUACCGUGUAAUUAGAGAUCCAUUUUUUAACAAACUGGAAUCCUUUAUAAUUUUAUUGCUUCGUUUGAACUCAAGUGUAGUAUUCAGCUGAGAACCAGCUUAUUUUUAUACGACCGCAAAAAAAAAUUUGCGUUCGUAUAAUGGUAUCAUGUCGUCUUUAGAAGACACAUUUAGUUUCAGGACAAUAACUUUAGUUUAAGUGAAUGGAUCUCUAUGAAAUUUUACCAGAAGGUUCAAUACCACAAAAGAAAGGUUGGGAUUGAUUUUGGGGGUUAUAGUACCAACAGUUUAGAAAUUAGGGGUCAAAAAGGGGCCAAAAACAAGCAUUUUUGUAGUUUCAGGACAAUAACUUGUGUGUUAGUGUAUUAAUCUCUCUGAAAUUUUUUUCAUACUUUUUGGAUUUUUUUUCCAAAAAUUUUCCAUUUUUACAUUAUUACAGAUUAUUUCUGAUUUAUAUAUAAAAGCAACAAAUACUGAUAUGGCUGGAGAUACACACCAAACAGGGUGUGUAAAUUAUUAUAUAUAACAGAUUAACAGUAUUGCGCAAAAACAAGAAAUCUUCAAUUGCACAGUAUUGCGCAAUAGCACAGUAUUGCGCAAUAGCACAGUAUUGCGCAAUAGCACAGUAUUGCGCAAUAGCACAUUAUGCGCAAUAGCAAGAAAUCUUCAAAUCUUUUAAAUUGGUCUACAUUGAGGUCCAAAGGGUCCAAAAUUAAACUUUUUGAUUUCAUCAAAAACUGGAUUAUUGAGGGUCUAUGAUAUGCUGAAUCUUAUUGUGCAUUUAGAUUUAUUAUUUUGGGCCCUGUUUUCACAUUAGUCCAUAUUAAGGUUUGAAGGGUCCAAAAUUUAACUUUGUUUGAUUUCAACUAAAAUGAAUUUUUUGGUGUUUUUAAAUGUGCUGAAUAUAACCAUGUUGUUAGAUUUUGGAUAUCAGACUGUACUAGGUAAAUAAAAAGUCCCAUUUCAAAUUUUUAAGAUCUUUGACCACAUUUAUUUUGUGUCAGAAACCUAUCUUAUGUCAAAAAUUUGAUCACAAUCCAAAUUCAGACAGUAUCAAGCUUGAAAAUUGUGUCCAAACUUGCCCCAACUGUUCAGGGUUCGAUCUCUGCGGGAAUCAGGCUGCGCUCGGCGAAGCAUUUUAUUUUUAGUUGCUUCCCUUAGGACUGAUAAAAUUUUUCAUUGACAAUGAAGAGCUUGCAGAAAUACCAAAUUUAUCUGUGCGUAAUGUGUGCAAUCUAAGUUUUUUCAAAUCUUUUCAUUCCAUUUAAUCAUUUGCUAAGCUACAAACUUUUGAUUAUUAAAUAUUAGUUAAAACACCUAUAUAUUACUUUCAACUUAUUAUGCUUUACAUGGGCAGCAUCCCAUUUUAUCCAGUAUAGAACCAGUCUAUAAUUCACCAAGGGACACAAUCUGUGUUAAAAGUGUGUAAUAACAGACUCAAAGUGGUAUUGGCAAAUAGACUAUUUAAUCAAAAAGGAACCUUUCAUUUGGUCUUUGUACAUAUGAGCAUGUAUUCUAUGAUGUGCAAUAUUAUUAUUUUAUACACAUUUUUAUUUUAUCGUUAUACUUUAUACAUAAAGAUCUGAUUUUAUAAAAAAUAAAAUUUUAAAAUAUUUAA